UUCGCACAGGUCUCUAGAACGUAGAGAGGGAUGAUGGCGGAAGAAGAGCAUCGUUGAGUCCGCAAACAGUUUUUUGGAAAUAGAACUAUCAUACUGCAGUUUAAUAAUAUUAUCAUCGGUGGUCUCCCUAAGAAGAGGCGAUGGGGAACGAAGCCAGCCUCGAGGGAGGGGGACAACCCGGUGAGCCGGGCUCCAUGGUUGGGAUGGCAGGAGCUGCAGGAUCCGUUUCAGCACCACCGGGCGCUGGACAGCACAUCAAGCCUGUGAACGGUACUGCAGCUGGGGGAGGAGCGGUCACGGGACCCGGAGCAGGGAUGAACAGGAUGGCUGGUGGAAGUCCCAAACCUGGAGGAAUGGGGAUGGGCAUGGGUGGAGGGAUGGGUGGAGGGAUGGGCAUGGGAGGUGGCAUGGGAGGUGGCAUGGGAGGUGGCAGCCGGGGAGACACGUACAGGCUGGCCACUCAUGAGAGCCCUCACGCUCCCCAGCUGUCGCCCAGCCCGAGCCCCACCCCGUCUCAGAUGUCAGCCGGUCAGGGCGCGGGGCAGCACGCCUCCAGACGGAACCUCCAGGUGGACGUCAGUGGCGGUGGGCGCUCCGGCCGCUCGCCCUCCGUGUCCCCGGACCGGGGCAGUGCCCCGUCCUCGCCUUACUCCGUGCCACAGAUCGCCCCCAUGCCCAGCAGCAAGCUUUGCCCCAUCUGCAAGACCACCGAGCUCACCACCUCUAACAACACGCCCAACUUCAACAAGUGCACCCAGUGUCGCUCCACCGUCUGCAACCAAUGCGGCUUCAACCCCAACCCACACCUCACAGAGGUGCAGGAGUGGUUGUGUCUCAACUGUCAGAUGCAAAGAGCCCUGGGGAUGGACAUGACCACACCGCGCUCCAAGAGCCAACAGCAGAUCCACUCGCCCUCCCACAAGCCCAAGCCCCAAGCUGAGCCCCAACCCCAGCCUCCACCACAGGCCCAGCCCCAGGCCCACCCUCCAGCUCAGCCCAAGCCUCAACAACAGCCCCACGCCCAGCCCCAGUCACAGCCUCAUGCCCAGCUACCCUAUGCCCCGCAGCAGCAGCAGGGGUAUCAACAGCAGCAGGGGUAUCAACAGCAGCAGCAGCAGGGGUUUCAACAGCAGCAGCAGGGGUAUCAGCAGCAGCAGCAGGGAUAUCAGCAGCAGCAGCCUCACCCAAUGCCCCAUGCCCAGCCUCAGCAGCCCAAACCUCAGCCCCAGACCCAAAUCCAGCCCCAGGCUUCACCGGGGCCUCCCAGGCACAUGGGGCCGUCUGGGCAGCAGCAGCAAAUGCCACAUCAACAGCUGCCACAUCAACAGCUGCCACAUCAACAGCAGCAGCAGCAGCAUCCACAGCAGCAGAUGCCGCAGCAGCAGCCAUAUCAACAGCAGAAUCCAGGCCAGUUUGGUCAGCCCGGGCCUGCAGUAGGUGGAGGUCAGGGCGGCGGGCCCAGGAUCCCUCACCCUGGGGCCGUGCCCCUCCCCGGCCUGGCCAAGGCCCCGUCCCAGCCCGACUUGGGCCGCGGCUCUCCGCUACACUAUGGUGGCGGUGGAGGAGGUCCGCAGAUCCGCAGUGCCGGGAGCUCGCCGGCCCGCAAGCCUGCGGCGGCCGCCCAGGGCCAGGCGCAGGAAGGCCUGACCAAGCUGUUCGGCUUCGGCGCCUCGCUGCUCAACCAGGCCAGCACGCUCAUCUCCGUGGACCCUCUGCCAGGCUCCUCGCCGCAGCCGUCCCCGGCCCGCUCCAACGCCGGCGGGCCCCGCGUCCUCUUCAGCGACGGCUCCUCCGGCACCAAAGGGCCCGGUCCACCAGGAGGCGCCGGUGCCGCCAAGCCCGCAGGGGGAGCUCCCUUCCAGCAGGGGCCCCACGCGCCACCACAGCAGCAGCAGCAGCAGCAGAGGCAGCCCGGGCAGCAGACACCCGUCCAUGGCUCUCCGGCGCAUCAGCAGAAGCCUCCCAUGCAGCAGCAGCAGCAGCAGUCCCCAGCACAUCAGUCCAAGAUGCAGCAGCAGCAGCAACCCAAGCAGCAGCAGCAGCAGCAGCAGCCGAAGCCUGUCAAGCAGGAGCCGACACCCCAGCAGCAGGCGGCCCCCGUGCCAAAGGUCGAAUGUCCACUCUGCAAGACGGCGCUCAACAUCGGCUCGACUGACCCGCCGAACUACAACUCGUGCACGCAGUGCCACACGCAGGUGUGCAACCUGUGCGGCUUCAACCCCACGCCACACCUGGUGGAGAAAAAAGAAUGGCUCUGCCUGAACUGUCAAACACAGCGGCUAAUGUCAGGCGGGCUCGGAGACAUGCCUCUUCCUGUUCCCCAGCCGUCUCCUAAGCACCAACCAAUGGGAUCGCCUCGACACCAGGCACCGGCCAGUCAGCAGCCAGCUCAGCAGCCGCCCUCUCAGAAAGUGUCCAAUCAGCAGCAGGACGGGAAGGCAAUGCCAUCACAGCAGAAAGCUCCCUUGGCUCAGGGGAGCGGUCCCUUCGCCCCAACGGCUGCUAAGGCACCUGGGGAUGCAAAAGCCCCUGUACAGACCACUACCCCCAGCGAGACGCAGAAACAGCAGAAGAAUUUGGAGAAGGAUAUCACCACCUCCAAAACGGAGAAGGAAUCCGAGUCCAAGGACUCUAAGCCUGCUCUUAAGAAGGGAAUACAAGAGCAGACACCAACCAUUACUCCAGCUAAAGAUGAGAAGAGGGAAUCUCAAAAGUCAAGAUAUUAUGAGGAGGCGAACAAAACAAACAGCACCCAUGACCUCUCCAGGAGUCCCCAGAGCCUGAGUGACACUGGGUACUCCUCAGACGGCAUCUCGAGCUCACACAGCGAGAUCACCGGCCUUAUCCAGGAGGAGGAGAUGAAGCUGAGUGAGAGAGGCCUGACCGGCUGCCACACUCCUCCCAGCCCCUCUGAGAUCACCAAGCUGGAGAGCUCCAUGAGACCACUGCUGGAGUCCAAGGUGAAAGACCAGGAGAAGGACAGGGAGCAUGAGCGUGGCAGAGGUCGGCAUCAUUCCCGAGACGCGGGACAUCGGCCACAUUCGCUUUCGGUCAGUCCUGAGGCUUACGACUCAGACGAAGAGUUGGAGGACAUCAUGGAGGAAGAGGAAGAUCUGGCCGACUGGGAGGCCAAACGAGAGCUUCGCGCCAUGGCUGCCGCAGGAGAGGAGAGUGGUCACAAAAAGAAACCAGAUCCCUCUGAAAUGACCGAUGAGGAGUAUAUGAGGAGGCAGAUUAUGGAGAUGAGUGCAGAUGAGGAUAACGAAGAGGAAGAGGAGGAGGAAAUGGAGGAGGAGGAAGAGGAAGACGAGGGAUAUGGAUACCAAAAAUCGAAAAAGACACACAAGCACACCAGCGAAUCAGGGAAAGAGAAACGGCGCCUCACACAUCACUCAAGCAGCUUCGAGGAAGAAACCAAAUCCAGUGACGUGAAAAAAGGCUAUGCUGAGGAAGGAGAGGAGGACUUGAUGGCCUCACAAGGUGGUCUGCGCCGAUUUAAGACCAUAGAGUUAAACAACACAAACAGCUACACCCGAGACAUCGAACUGAGCAAUGAGAAUGACCUAAGCCUGGACAGAGAACCUGAGCUUGAGAUGGAAAGCCUCACAGGCUCCCCAGAGGAGCGUUCAAGAGGAGAGUACUCCUCCACUUUACCACCCACCACCUCCAGCUACACCUCUGGCACCUCGCCCACUUCCAUCUCCUCGAUGGAGGAUGACAGCGACAGCAGCCCCAGCCGUAGGCAGAGGCUGGAAGAGGCCAAGCAGCAGAGGAAGGCCCGUCACCGCUCUCACGGCCCACUGCUGCCCACCAUCGAGGACUCUUCGGAGGAGGACGAGCUGAGAGAGGAAGAGGAGCUCCUCAGGGAGCAGGAGAAAAUGCGGGAGGUAGAGCAACAGAGGAUACGCAGCACGGCCCGAAAGACCAAACGAGACAAGGAGGAAUUGAGGGCUCAGAGGCGGAGGGAGAGGUCCAAGACUCCUCCCAGUAACCUGUCUCCCAUUGAAGAUGCCUCCCCCACAGAGGAGCUGAGACAGGCUGCUGAAAUGGAGGAAUUGCACCGAUCCUCCUGCUCAGAGUACUCUCCCUCUAUUGACUCGGAGGCUGAGGGCUAUGAGGUAUCAUCCAAGCUCUACAAGUCCGGCAGUGAGUACAACCUUCCAACAUUUAUGUCUCUGUACUCUCCCACUGAAAAGCCUGAAACGACCUCCUCUACCACAACCACGACUACCUCAGUGAGUGGCAAGCCUUUAAAGAGUGCCGAAGAGGUCUAUGAAGAAAUGAUGAGGAAAGCAGAGAUGUUGCAAAAGCAACAGAAGCAGCAGCAGCAGCAACCGCAGCAGCAGUCUCGCUCAGGGCAGCAGUACAACACAAGCGCCUUUCAACAGGAGGGCAUAAGAAAUGGACAGCAGUAUGAGGAUGAGUAUGAAUAUGUCGAUCAAGAUGAAACUGAGUAUGACAAUGAGGAGAGUGGGGAUAUCUAUGAAGAGAUUCGUCAGACCUCCCAGAACAUCACAAAAGAGUUGGAUGAACAAGGGGAUAUUGAGGGGACCUAUCCUGACAAGCAACUCCUAGAUACAGGCUCAGCUUUUGCCAAACUGCUGGAGCAAAGUAAUGCCCUUUUGACCCCUGGCACUAGCCCCACUCAACUCUCAGCCCCUGUUUCAUUCGCUGAAACUGGGAGGGGCAUUCCUGACGUACGUGUGACUCAGCAUUUUUCAAAAGAUGCUCAAAAAGACAGGCUCAAAGGUCAAGCCGGUAAAAAUGGCAUAACUCCUGUAGCUGCGGCCACUACGAUAGCAGCCUAUGGUGUAUACGCUAGAGAUGCCGUAACAGUCUCCCACACCAGUGUCAGUCACACAGUGACCUCAACACAGUCUAAUUUGUAUGGCCGCCAAACUGGCAGCACUGCCACAACUACUACCACAGUCUCAAACGUCUCCAGCAAAAUAGCAGAGAUGACUCAGGCAUACAGUCAAAGAGACAGCUCAGGAAGGAGGGUGGCCGAGAGCAGAGGAGUACAAAUGAGAGAAAGUUCAACCUCAUCAGAAACCACAAUGGAGCCUCGUACAACCAAAGUGUACUCUUAUUACAAAAGUUCCAGUCCUCCACUCUCCCCAACUACAUCGCCAACACACAGCCCAACACACCACAGUAGGAGGACAGCGGAAUUUUCAACCCAGACAUUCAGUUCUGCGCAAGCAGGGGGUUCCCCUACCUCUCCGGUGAUAGCUCAGGGGACCCAGACACCCCACAGGUCAGCGUCUCCUCGUCUUUUCAGACAACAGUCCUCGCAAGAGGCUCCAAUAGAUUAUGAGCCCACAAGUCCUUCUAGGCCAGUGACUGUCAACACUGCCACUUCUCCUCUCUCCUCACCCACAAGAUUCAGUCGUCAGUCUACUUUCGAUUCCUACUCCCCACCCAUGAGCCCUCCAGACACACCACCUCAUCAGCAGUCACCUUCCCAUGGUCUCUACAGGACCCGCCGUGUUGAGAAAGUCAGUGUUGGCACAAGCAUGGUCACAACUGCAAGCACAUACACUCGUGGGUCUCUCUCUAUGGAAAACAUAUCACUCUGCAGAAUAUCUACUGUUCCUGGCACCUCCAGAGUGGAACAAGGUCAAAUGAUUCUUGGUGGGAGUGUAGUAGACCUGAGGACUCCAUUAAAGCCAACUCCUAUUAUCAUGACAGACCAGGGGAUGGACUUAACUUCAUUAGCCACAGACUCACGAAAGUUCUCAGGCAGUGCAGAGGGCAGCCCUAUUCGGCACUCAACAAUUGUCCAGCCACUGAUCAUGAACCUCAAUGCUCAGGAGCAACCACAUGUGAUGGCUUCGACACCUACGACUGUGAGUGUCACAGUGGCAGCAUCCAUGUUCAUUUCUCAACACAAGCAACCUGUUAUAUAUGGCGAUCCUCUCCAGAACAGAAUGGAUCUGGGUCAGGGUAUGGUAGCUGUGUGCCUGGCUCCAUCAAAGCCUGUUCAGAUCGACCCAACAAUUCCAAAGAUUGAUGCAAAGCUUGAGGACUUGAGCCUUCAGCAGGAGCAGCUACGUAAGCAGCAGCAAAAGCUUCAACAGCAGCAGCAGAUACUGGAACACCAGCUUCAGCAGCAUCACCAACUGCAGCAAACUGGUUCAUUUUCAAGAUUCAACCUGAGCGGUCAAACCCCAGUGCUAAAGAAAGACCUGGUGGUGAGCCAAACCAGCAGUGCCCAACCUGUUGUCAGUGCCAUAUCACCUGCUGGUGAGAUGUACAGUGCUGGGGCGCCCAUUGAGAUGCCACCUGCGCAAGGUAUAGUGAACCUGGCCACUACCAAACCUCAUACAGUGAUGGUACAGAUGGAUGGUAUAUCACAAGGAGGUCCAGUUUCCCAGCUUAUAAGGCCAGAAGAGGGUCAGGAUAUUGUAGAUCUGACUGGCCAGAUUAAAGCAGAAAAUCAAGUAGCCUGCUGUGAUGUUGUUUACAAUUUACCCUUCGGUGGCAGUUGUGUUGGAGGUCCGUUCUCCCAAAAGCCAAAUGCAGAGGAAGCACCUGGUGUCAGUGAGCCCCCACGCCCACCAUCUGCACCUCCACAACUUUACCAACCAAUUGAGACUGGUGUAGAUGCCCUGAAUUAUCAGGAUAUAGCUAUGAAAUCCUAUACACUGCCCUUCCCUAGUCGGCUACAACCAUCUAUGUCCGACACUAACCUAGCUGAUGCAGGACUAUCGUCCUUCCAUUCAAAGCUUGACCCACACCUUCAAGCAUCUGGAGAAUAUGCUGUGGAUCUCAGUUCAAUGAAAAAUCCCUAUGAACGAGGUCAGAUGGGCUUUGGACUCCAGUAUGGUUCUUAUACUGAUUUACGACAUGGAGGAGAUGUGACAGUUCCUCCUCUACCUAUAAGAAGAUACAACUCUCUAUCUAACAUUAGUGCAGACUAUGGAUACUCUGCUCGAGAUCUAGCAAAUUUCCAGGAGUCUAAUCUUGCUCAAUAUAGUGCAACUACUGCUCGGGAGAUAAGCCGUAUGUGUGCAGCCUUGAAUUCAAUGGACCGCUUUGGCAGCAACCCUGAUCUUGCAGCGCAAUUUGGUACUGGAAGAGGAAGUAUUCCACCAGGUAGAAUGGGUCUGCCACAAGGUCUGGCAGGACUCAGGCCCAAUCUAAUGUAUGGUCCAGAUGGAAAGCCUCUCUCUCACAGUCAAGCAUUAACCAAUCUCAUUAAUGCCAGACAAGCAAGUCUUAGAGCAAUGUACCCAUCUGCCAUAAGAUCUGCUGACGGUAUGACUUUCUCCACAAUCAACACUCCCAUUGCCUCCACCGUACCAAUCACAACACAGCCAGCCUCUGUGCUAAGGCCAUUGCUCAGAGGUGUUUACAGGCCAUACCCCACACCAAACAUGACCCCAGUGCCUCUGGCCAGCCUCACUAGAAUGCCUGUGAUGACUCCAAGGAUACCCAUGUCUGGACAGGGCCCAUGCCGUUUCCCUGCACCCAGCCAAUUCCCAACAACCACCGCUGCUGCAGUCAGUGAGCCACCCCCAAUGACCAUGGUUCAAGAUGCUCCUAUGUACCUUGGGAAGUCUCCUGUGAGCUCUGCAGUAUCCGGGACUAUCACUGCUCCUGUAUCAUCUGGUGCACUAGGUGCCCAGCCCACAUCAAUGCUAGGACCAACACCCAUUGUUGUGCCAACAAACCAACCACAAGAGCAGCCUAUGAAUCUGACACAGCCUCACCAGCACACACAGACACAACCAUCAGGGCAAGCCCCUACUCAGCCUCAAGCACCAACCCAACCUCAGCCUCCCAUGGCUCAUGCCUACCCACCAACUCAUGGUCAGCCACCAAGCCAAUCCCAGUCUCAGCCACCUCCAGCAACCCCACUUGCUGCCACCACCACCAGUGAUGCAUCUGCAACAGCACCAAAAGACCCAGAAGAAGAGAGGCUUCAGCGACAACAGGAACAUUUGCUUCAGCUUGAGAGAGAGUGUGUGGAGCUGGAAAAGCUACGUCAGCUUCGUCUGCAGGAGGAGCUUGAAAGGGAGCGAGUUGAGCUACAACGGCAACGUGAGAAGGAGCAGAUGUUGGUACACCAGGAGAUCCAGGAGCUGCAGACCAUCAAGCAGCAGGUCAUACAUCAGCAGCAGGCCGAGAGAGAAAAGCAGCUCGUCUUGCAGAAGGAGCAGCUUGCCCAGCAGAAAGCACAACUUGACCAGAUACAGUCUUUACAGCAACAACUGCAGCAGCAGCUUGAAGAACAAAAGAGACAGAAAACCGCCGCUGCAGCUGCAGCAGCCGUGGCCACAGCCAAUGUCAUUUGCGAUCAAACAGGCAGAAUUAUUCAACAUGAACUGGUCCCAGAAAUGCCAUACAGUGAUUCUCAGCUGGCCUCUAGGUCUUUGCCCAACUCUGCAUCAGAGAUGUGUUUGCGUGAGGAGCAGGAAACCAGGUCUAUGAGGAAACAGAGGUCCAUGCCUCGUCUCCAGGACGGAGAUGGAAGAGAGCCGAUGUUCCCUCUGACACGAAGAAUUGUGGACAGCAGUGUGCAAACAGAUGAAGAGGAUGGCGAGGAGAGGUACCUUAUGUCCAGAAGGAGACGUACCAGGCGUAGCGUUGACUGCAGUGUCCAGACAGACGAUGAUGAGGACAAGGCAGAGUGGGAGCAACCAGUCAGACGCCGGCGGUCCCGCCAUUCCCGCCACUCCGAGUCUGGGGCUGAUGCCAAGACUGACUCCGCAACUGCCACCACCUCCACAGCUGCCAAGGUGUCCUCAUCCAGCAUAGCCAUUCAAACCAUCCGAGACUGUUCUAGUCAAACAGACAAAGAGCAGUUGGGAAGAGUCUCCCCUGCCAUUCAAGUGACUGUGCCUGACCCAAAUAAAGUUGAAAUUGUCCACUACAUCUCUGGCCCUGAGAGGACACAGAAAGGCCAGAGCUUAGCUUGCCAAACAGACACCGAGGCCCAGUCGCAGGGAGUGGUUGUACCACAGAUCAGUGUGGCGACCACCAUCAGUCCCUACUCCACAAGUGUCCAGCUUGUUGGUUCGUCAGAUUCCCUCUCUUCUCGUCAGCAGGCAUCCAAGUUUGAGCGGCGAAAGCCAGAUCCAUUAGAGAUCAGCUACCAGCAGCAGCACCAUCUGCACAAUGAAUCUCUGUCUAACCUGAUCCGGCAGCCGCCCAAGUCUCCUCAGGUCCUGUACUCGCCAGUAUCCCCACUUGCGUCUCCUCAUCGCCUAAUUGAGACGUCAUUCGCAUCCAGUGAAAGGCUGAAUAAGGCUCACGUCACUCCACAGCAGAAAUCCUAUACUGCAGAGUCACCCCAGAGGCACUCCACUCUGCCUCGACCAAUGAAGAAUGUCCAGAGGUCUAUGUCAGACCCCAAACCUCUCAGCCCAACCACAGAUGACCAUGCAAAGGCCAGGUUAUACCUCUCUCAACAACAGGCACUCCAGAGUCAGCUGGCUGCCCUGCAGCAGAGCUCCCUCCUGAGGAAGGUGAAGCGCACCCUGCCCAGCCCCCCGCCCGACGAGACCCAGCUGUCGAUGGUCACCCCUGCCCUGCCCCAGAUGUAUAUGCCCUCGGUGCCCUCUCUGAAGGCUGGCCGCAGCCCUGGCCUGAUUGCCAAGGCCAGCCUGCUGAAGGACCUGACCCACGAGCUGAAGGCGGUGGAGCAGGAGUCUACCAAGCUCCGCAAGCAGCAGGCAGAGCUGGAGGAGGAGGAGAAGGAGAUUGACGCCAAGCUCCGCUACCUGGAGCAGGGCAUCCAUCAGCGCAAAGAGACUCUGGUGAAGGAGAGAGAGAGGCGGGAGCUGGCGUACCUGCGCUGCAUGGGCGAUGCACGAGACUACAUGUCAGACUCUGAGCUCAACAACCUGCGGUUGGCAGCGGCUGCGGUGUCGUACGAGAGCAACGGCCUGCUGACGAGACCAAGCACGGCGCCCCUCAGCCAGUUUUCCAGUGAGCUGAGUACCGCCGCCCAGUACCCUCCUACUUCAUCAUUCGUCUCCUACCAGUUCCCCCAGAGCCAGCCAGCUCCCGCCCCACAGCCCACAACCCCUUUCCAAUCCACUGGAUACAACCAGCCUCCCUACCCCAGUGUCUCCCAGGCCCAGGCUCUCCCUCAACCUACCCCUCUGCAGACCCAUCAUCCUCCCCCAUCAUACCAGACUCCAGGGACCUUCCCCUCACAAACCUAUCCACCAGGCCAACCUCCUUACCCAACUGAACACAGUGUGCAGCAACCACCACAGCCAGGACAUCCCGGGUUCCAGCAGCCUCCACCCCCUGGUGGUCAACCUCCUUACCCAGCCCACACUACGCCAUACCCGAGCCAGGCACCACCCUACCCGGUCAGCCAGGCAAGCACUUACCAACCUCAGGCUGACAUCCUCACUGUGCACCAGAGGCCCCGACAGACCUCAUUGGCUGAUUUGGAGCACAAGAUGCCCACUAAUUAUGAGAUCAUAAGCAACCCAACAGUUGUUGUAACAACCACUGCUCAAGACACCUCCUACUCUCAGACAGGUAUGGCCGCCUCUUAUGGACAGUAUGCAACAACCAUGGCAACCAGCUAUGGUCCAUACUCCACUGCUGGUUCCAGCACUUACGGAGGCUACCCCACGACCACAGCAAGCUCUUAUGGCCAGUACACUACAACUGCGGCUAGCUCUUAUGGCCAGUACACGACCACUAUCGCUAACACUUAUGGCUACACCACAACUACAGCCAGUUCCUAUGGACAGUACACAACUACAAUGUCUAGUGCAUAUGGCCAGGCGUCUGACCGACUACACUCGGUCGACAGCUCUUCCACCUAUGCCAGUGAUGGUCUGUAUGGUUCCUCUAACCUGGAUCAAAACGGUGCUAAGAGCUAUUUGGUGAUCGAUGACAUCAGCGAGCUGACGAAGGAGGGCAUGGGCACAACCGCUGACCCGCACCGCACCGAGGGUCACGGGCGCUACGGGGGCGACGCCGUCCACACACGAGGAGGGAGCUCCUACGGCCGACCAGAGGACGGGCAGCAGGAAGACCUGUACGACCAUCACCAAGGCAGGGGUAAGAGCACCGGCGGCUACCAUCCGCGAGGGGCAGAUAUGUACGGCCGGGUAGUGGGCAGCGGUAGCAUGGGUGGGGGAUCGUCCUAUUACUAUGACGACUACAAGCACUCGUCAACGACAAGUUCACGUGCAGCCCAGAGGCAAUCGUCCAAGAGUUUGGCUCCAGCUGUAAUGUCCACCAAGAGGAGCAAGCACCGAAAGCAAGGCAUGGAGCAGAAGAUCUCCAAGUUCUCGCCCAUCGAGGAGGCCCGCGACGUGGAGGCUGACCUGGCCUCCUACACCAUGAGUACGGCUGCAACCAGUGGCUACGGUUCCGGCUCCCGUUCCCGAAAGCUCCAGGAUGAGUUCGCUUACGGGCUUGGGCGCAAGGCCGUCUACGACCCUCAGAGGGGCUACUACGAGGAAGACGAGCGACUGUACAGCCAAGGCAGGUCCCGCUCCACCGGUUACGUACCGGUAAUGGACAAGGUCGCAACCAGGGACUCAGGCUAUCGGAGCAGAUCGUACGAGCGGGACUACUAUGAGAGGUCGUAUCGGAGUGGCUACGGUGGCCACAGUGGGCGUCCCACCUUGCGCUCACAGUACUCAGAGGAGGAGAGUCCACUCAGCCCUAUGGGGAAACCCAUGGGUGGACGUGGCUACGUUGGGCCAGAUCCUUACAAUCCAUACGGCUCCAGCCACUCCCUGCCAGACGUGCAGGACCACAUAAGAGACUUGCCCAGGACGCACGUCUACAAAUCUGACGAUAUGUACAUUAUAGACGAUUAUCAUUGUGCUGUGUCAGACAGUGAAGCCUACCACUUGGGCCAGGAGGAAACGGACUGGUUCGAGAAGCCACGCGACGUCCGUGGCUCCCGUCACUAUGGCAGCAGUGGCCACUCCUCGGGGAGGCGGAGCCACGUCAAACACACAUACCACGACUACGACGAGCCGCCGGAGGAGGAUCUGUGGCCGCAGGACGAAUACGGCCACACCCGCUCCCACUCCUCGUCUCGGGAGCACCGUCACCACGGCACCGGGAGCUCAAGCCGCCACUCAUCCUCCCGCCACGGCGACGAACAACGAUCCUCUCGGUCUUCCCGCUCCUCCAAGGACCCGUCCAUGCGCCACGACUCCCGUUCCGUGUCCUCGUCUUCGGGCAAGAGGGGCGACUCGCGCUCCCAGAGCUACCACUCCGCCGACUACGCGCGCGACCCCUCGGGCCACCACCACUCGGGCCAGCGCUCCAGCAGGCAGUCGUCCCACCACCAGGGAUCUUCCAGCAGGAAGCAGCAGCAGGACCUCCAGGGCCAGCCAUCCUCCAGGCAGCCCGGCUCAUCUGGGUCCAGGACGCCUGGAGGGCCUGCGGGGCAAGGUAGGCAGCCUGGGUCGGCACUGCCACCGGACGCGCAGCAGGGCCAGCGGGCGCAGCUUCAGCAGCAGCCCCAGACGUCGGCGGCCAGGCCGGGCCAGCAGCUGCCUGUAGGGGGCGUUGCAGCACAGCAGCAGCCAACCCAGGCACAGCAACUCCAGGCCAAGCCGGGUCAAAUGGGUCAAAUGGGUCAGAUGGGCCCAGUGGCAGGAGCAGCACAGACACCUGCUGCUAUGGCUGAUCCCAAACCUGCAUCGACCACCGCGAUUGGAGCAAAAGCUGCGACAGCCCAGCCUGCCAAAGCCGCUCAGCCACCACUCACGGGGAUAGGUUCCAAGGCUGGCAUUGGUGGCAUGGGUGGUAUCGGUGGCAUUGGGUCGAAGGCAGGUGGCAUAGGCAGCGCAGCAGCAGGGCAGCCUGGUGCAGAGGGAGAGAGCUUGCUGUCUAAGGUCCUGCCAUUAGGAGGUGCCGCUGAGCAGGCCGGAAAGUUGGGCGAGGCCAUCUCUGGAUUUGGCAAGAAAUUCACUUCCUUCUUCUGAAGUGCGUCUACAUAGGAUUAAAAUGGAGUUUUGGAGAAGAAGGCUUUGUACUGGAAAAACCAUUGAAGUUUCCCUUCUAUGUUUUAAUUUAAGCAAGUGUGAAAGAGAAUGUGUGAGAUCGAGAGGGAGAGAGGACAUCUGAGUGCACUGCCAACCAGGACCGGAAGCACAGGAUUCCUCACACUCCAGGCCUACGGAGUAGAGAGGCCAGACCGCCUCCCCCUGGCAGACCAGACAAUCGUUGCAAGGUGCCCACCAAUCCAGUUGCCCAUACUCCGGCUAAUGAUCACAUGGCCAAAGAACCGCGCCUUUGACCACCCAUCCUCUACAUUUGGUGACCCCUGACCUUUGCAACUCGAGGGCCUCGGAUAACUCACAGCAGAAGGAGAGCAUACUGCAGGUGUCUUCUUCCAUCUUUUUGCCUACAAGGAAGGAGAAAGCAAGGUGCAGAGAGAGAGAGAGAGAGAGAGAGAGAGAGAGAGAGAGAGAGAGAGAGAGAGAGAAAGAUGUCUGCUUCCUUCUCACUGUCUCUACGCUGUGGGAGAGUCCAUCAGAGACCUGAGGGCUAACCACAGAAUGGGAAAUCCUUCAAGAGGUCAUCAUUCAACCAGUCCAGAAUCUGGAGUUCACGGGCAUCACGUUUGGGCAAGGCCACACCAGGCACACAUGCUUUAAACACUGCCAGGGUAAGCAAGACAGAGUGUGCCAAAACAGGGGGUCUCUGAUUCCAAACUCCUGUGCUCGGAUUAUGAACUCCAAACUCCCCUCUCGUGUGUGUGAAAGUUUAUUAAAAAAAAAAUGCAAAGAAGACAAAAGAACUUCAUUGGUUUUUCCAGUACUUUAUAAGACCUUCUAUUUUUGACGAAUAGUGGAAUAGCAUUUACAAGGAAGUGGAAACAGAAAAAAAAAGUUGACCACGACAACACAAAUGUCUUCAUUGUAUGCUAAGUUUUUAUCUCUACAUUCCAAAAUGGAAAAAAAACAAACCCGAUUUAUUUCUGAAUGCAGACUACUUCUCGUUCAUUCUUACUUUUGACCCUCUUGCAAUGUGUUUAAAGAAGUGUAAAGUGGAUUUGGACUGCAUGUAACUUUAUAUCCAAGACCUUACACUGUUCACCAUGUCUAACACACAGUGGCCAUAAGACAUUGAAGAAAAUAAAAUAAAAUAAAGUCAAGGUCGCAAAGAGAGAGAACCUAGGCAAAAAGCAGAAGAUGAAUGCAGUAGACGAACGGCUGAAACGUAGGAGAAAAGAGCGGAGGACUGGCUCGAAGGUGGGAGCCCACUAGGGCCUUGGUUUUCGUCUCUCAGCCAUUGCAAAGCCAUUAAGAAAACCUGGCCAUGACGUCUGGGUCUUGGGAUGGGUCCCAAUACACCCACAACUUAUUUUGCAGUCGUGGAGUUUCUUACAGUUUUGUCACCAUGUUAUUGCGCUUCAUGAAGUUUGCCUCAUUUGCUUUUGGUUGAGGAGAUACAUCGCCUUAAUGCUUUCAGUUGUCUUUUAAUUUAAAAUUAAUUUAAAUUAAUUUAUAUACUUGACAUAUUUUUUAUUCUGUUAUUACCAUAAGGCUUAGUUUCUUCACUCUGGCCAGUCUUUGUAUAUAUCAAUAAAAAAAAUAAUAAUAGUAAUGUCAGGCCAAUCAUCGGUGGAGAAUAUGUUAAUACUUUUGUAUUUUGAUUUAUGCUUUGUUUUUUUAAGUCUUUAUAUAAAUUAUUUAUUGUUUAUUUUUCCAGUCAUCAUUAUUUCUACAAAGGCCAUUCUGCUUAUUUAUGUUGAGUUAUCUUUGUUUGUUUGAAUGUUUUAUUAUUAUUUGUGAAGAUGUAAAAAAAAAAGCAAUAGUGCGUGACGGUCAGUCAGUCAAGAGCACAAGCAUGUGACGUUUCUAAAUUAGUGGUCAGGAAUGUGACACCUCUGACAGUGACUCUGAAAUGCCCUGUUCACUUGUCUCCGGCGGCUCAAAUCUGUCCACUGUCCAACAUAGAACUGCCUCAAGAUUCCCAUUUCCCACAAGGCUUUGCUGUAGCUUGCCUCGUUCACAGAUAGUUACUGUGCAUUGAAUCUCCUAAAUCCCCUAUAGUCCGUGGGAAUGGAUAACCAACAAAAAGAGAGAAGUUGGAAUUGCCCAUCCUCCUAAAAGCUGUUGUGAAAUAGUCUCAGACACCAAAAGGGCACAUAUCUGGGAACUGAGGGUUCCUACUGUAUGGUGAUCUACUGAUUCAUACUGACAGAGGUCUCCUCUCAGGUCUGGUUUCCUCCAUCUUCUAUGGGCUCUGGCACUGUCUGUUCAUACAAAUCUUUGCUUGAGAGGGCUUGAGAGGUGAGUGGACAGAAUUGGGCCCCAAAUGACAUGAUCAUGUCUCUCGUACGAUCAAGCUAGGAUCAAGCAUGUUUUGGAAAAAAAAGACUUCAGUCACCUUGAUAUCGUUGUACGUUUCCUGUUGGUACUGAGUGUAUGUGUGUUUGUGUGCCUGGGUGUGUGUUUGUAAACAUGCGUGUGUAUGCGUGUUUCUGUUCAUUCAAAAACAAACAGAAAAUGAGAUAGGAAAAAAUCAAUCAAACACAGGGGGAGGUCAAGAACAAGUCUUCAUUUUAAAAGUUCUAUGCAAUGAUUACUAUUUGGUUUCAAACAGAAUAGAAACACCAUCAAAUAAAACACAACCCUUGUCAUAUCUAUGGAAAAUACAAGAAUCAUUUUAAAGCAAACAUGAAGUUAAAAGGAUUGACUUGUUUGUAAAUAGCUACUUAUAAUGUCAGGAAUUGAACUAUUAAAACAAAUCUCUCUCUCUAUAUAUAUAUAUACAUAUAUAAAUAUUUAUUAUUUCAUUUUGAAUUUUCGUGGCAUGAUUGAACCCCCUCUCACACAUUCCUUACAUUGGACCCCUGGCAGAUGGGGUUUCCAGUGUCCACCAUCUUCACGCAUGGGUUUAUUGGUAGCAUGGAAGUCCCCAUCGUACGGUUUUGGUCAGCAGUGUGCAAGUAACCUAAACUCCAGCAUUCGGCUGCCAGAUUAUGCACUUGUUAUUCCAUUAUUUAAAAAAAAUGUAUAUAUGAAUAUAUAUUCAUAUAUAUGAAUUGACACAGGGCCUACAUUUCAAAAUAGAUGUAUAAAUGAAUGAAGAGCUAUAUUGGAAAAUAUAGAAAUAUAAGUAAGAAAAAAGAUGGAGAUAAUAUAUUGUGUACAGCUAUAUAUAAAAUAUAAAAGGGACAAAUCAGCAAUUAAAACCAAUUUCAAACUAAUCUCAUAAACAAAGGAAUGCCCACAUAUGUUGACUUGGUCAUGAUCUAGCGUCACUAAUUGUCUGUAGUUCAUACCUUUUUUGGGGCAUUUGAACUUAAAACUGCAGGCUAUGGGAGUUUUUGUGCAAUAUGAAGCAUGGCUGGAAUCCACUCUGGCAGCUCUGCUCCAGACGUCUUUUUCAACAGAUUUUGACUUCUUAAACUGCCAGACGUCAUUCCAGUCAUUGUUAUGAACCUAUCUGCCCCAGAAAGGCUGUGGACUGCAGACAGUACUUCAGAGCAGAAAGACAGAGACUGUGCGCUCACAAGCAGAGCCCUGACAACUCGCUGGUUCACCUCUAAUCCUCGCAAAUACAAUGGGUGUGUCACACACUGCCUUUACAAUAGAUAGGACAGACUGAAGGAGAUGUGUGCAGUGUGUCCUGUCAUCGUAUUAAAAUUUCAAGAUGAAAUCUAGAGAAACAACUGACUGAUUUAUACGUGUAUGCUUGCGAUAUAUGCUUGUCCAUGUAUCAGAUUAUUCCUUGUAUACAAUGUUCAGAUUCAAAUCAUACCUUCACAGUAGAAAUGUGAGUGGAAGGGGCCUUUGUCAAAUUAACAUGACCAAGUAACUAUAUGUGUUCAUCCCACAACAUGCAAAUCCACACUGUACUGCUAUGUAUAUGUUGCCAUAAGUUAGAUGUAUAAAGAUUGACAUAUUUUUUGUAACUACAAAUUUAUUAAAUAGCAAUCUGAAUAUUAUUUUAUCAUAAAAUAAAUAGAUGUGUUGGUACACUGAUAUAUCUAUAGGGCAGAAAAUAUGAAUUGAGAGUAAACCUUUAUCAUUAUAUCUUUAUAAAAAUGGAAGUAAAAUAAGCAGUCAUCAUUCUCAUUUAUCAUAUGUGAGCUUAGUAACUUUUUUUUCCAUAAUAACUAUGUUUUGGCUAUCCCUGUUGUACCACUGAAAUGGCACACUGCCAAAAAAACAACUUUCUCAGAUGUAGUCUGUCUAUACGAGUUCAGAAUCACAAUACCGGUCUUUAGCAGUUGAGCUGUGAAAAAGGUCAUUGUAUUUAAAUAUUGUUUGUUACCAUUUAGAAUGACUGGUGUGUCAUGUGUCAGAGGACGUUUAUUCUUGUGUUCAAUCUCUUUUUGCCUCAGGAAAGCACACACUAAAUGCAGCAAGGCGAAUCAAAAAUGGGGACGGCAUAUGCAUCGCAGUAAGGGCUUAAUACAAUACUGGUCAACAGAGAAAGCCAUUUUCUUACCGUCCUGUCCCAUCCUGAACAACUGUUGCCUGGACUAUGUGGGCCUCUGACGUCAAGAGUUCGACUGGGGAAUAUAGACCCAUGUCUAUUUUUUUUUUUUAUGCCAACCAAAAACAGUAAUACUCUCGCAUGUGAUUAGCAUUGUAGCUGUGCUGAUUUGCUCCUUGUCUGGGUCAACCUGGGUGGGUAGCCUACAACAACAAAGAGCCGCAGAGUUGAACCCAAAUAGUGUUUUUGCGGGUGAGACCGAUAUUAAUCCUAUGGCUCGGACACAUUCCAUAGACAACCCACUUCCCCCUUUGUGCAUCCUCAUCCAUUACUACCAUCAGGGAAAAACAUCAUCGUACACUUGUCUUCUUUUUGUUUUGUAUUUGUUCAUAAAAAGUAACAAGUGCAUGACCUUUUGCAGCAGGCCCCCCUGUUUCUCCCCCAGUGCCAACUGGAAGCCCAAGGGCAGUCAUUUUCCUCACUGUAAAUAACAGGAAAAAGAGUUAUGAACAGCUCUGUAAAACAUGUAAAUCUCACGUGUACAACGAUCACCGGGCAUGGACAACGUGUAGUGUAUGUCACACAGACCGACCUGCCAAAUGAUGUGCUUUUUGUGUAUAAAAAAAAUAAAAAAUUAAAAGAUAAAAAUGACACAUUGUUUCCAAAAACGAAUUAAAACAAAAAAAGCAUAUGUGUGUAUGUGGCCAGCUCGUGCAGAAAAUUUAAAAGUUGUAUUUGGAAACAUUAUUGGUCUGUGUAGAAUUUCUAUACAUGUUGUGUUUGUAAAAUGGGAUGAGAAAGAGAGAAAAAAAAUCUUUCACAAGAAAGACCCUGGCUUCCAUCUAAUUUUGAGUAGGGGGAUGAAUGGAAUAAGAAAUUCAAAUGAAAAAAAUUAAGAGAGAAGUAAAAAAAAACUAAAUGAUUUUGAAAACGAAAAUGUUACAUUCACUGUUGUAAGUGCAAUGAGCUAUAAUUCAUGUAUCCAUCGUAAACCUUGUGUAUGUUUCAGUGUAUUCCUGUAAGCAGUUGUAGUAGACUUGGUGCAUCAUGUCAUGUAAUGUGAUGAAUGAAAUAAUGAUCCUACAAUACAUUUCAAUCAGGAAAAAAGAAUAAACGAGAAUUUGAGAAAUCA